CGCACCAUGCCCUCCUUCGACGAGGCGCUGCAGCGGGCCGGCGAGUUCGGGCGCUUCCAGCGGCGCGUGUUCCUGCUGCUGUGCCUGACGGGCGUCACCUUCGCCUUCCUCUUCGUCGGCGUGGUCUUCCUGGGCAGCCAGCCCGACCACUACUGGUGCCGCGGGCCGAGCGCCGCCGCGCUGGCCGAGCGCUGCGGCUGGAGCCCCGAGGAGGAGUGGAACCGCACGGCGCCGCCCCGCCUCGGCCCCGCGCCCUCCGAGCGCCGCGGCGACGGCCGCUGCCAGCGCUACCUCCUGGAGGCGGCCAACGCCAGCGCCGCCGCCCCGGGCGCGCUCAGCUGCGCCGACCCGCUCGCCGCCUUCCCCAACCGCUCGGCGCCGCUCGUGCCGUGCCGGGGGGGCUGGCGGUACGCCCAGGCCCACUCGACCAUCAUCAGCGAGUUUGACCUCGUGUGUGUCAAUGCUUGGAUGCUGGACCUCACACAAGCCAUCCUAAACCUGGGCUUCCUGGCCGGGGCAUUCACCUUGGGCUACGCAGCGGACAGGUACGGCCGAAUAGUCGUUUACUUAAUAUCCUGUUUCGGUGUUGGCAUCGCUGGUGUUGUGGUGGCAUUUGCACCCAAUUUCCCUGUGUUUGUGGUCUUCCGCUUCCUACAGGGCGUGUUUGGAAAGGGGACAUGGAUCACUUGCUACGUGAUCGUGACAGAAAUAGUAGGUUCCAAACAAAGGAGGAUUGUGGGAAUCGUGAUCCAAAUGUUCUUCACCCUCGGAAUCGUAAUUCUCCCGGGAAUUGCCUACUUUAUCCCCAAUUGGCAAGGGAUCCAGCUAGCCAUAACGCUGCCCAACUUCCUCUUCCUCCUUUAUUACUGGGUGGUUCCUGAAUCUCCCCGCUGGCUGAUUACCCGGAAGAAAGGAGAUAAAGCAUUAAAAAUUCUGAGGAGCAUUGCGAAAUGCAAUGGGAAAUAUCUCUCGCCAAAUUACUCAGAGAUCACUGUUACAGAUGAGGAAGUUAGUAAUCCAUCCUUUUUAGAUCUGGUGAGAACUCCCCAAAUGAGGAAGUGCACACUUAUACUUAUGUUUGCUUGGUUCACAAGUGCUGUGGUUUAUCAAGGACUGGUCAUGCGCCUGGGAAUUACAGGAGGCAACCUCUAUAUCGACUUUUUUAUCUCGGGAGUUGUGGAACUGCCAGGAGCCCUCUUGAUCUUACUAACCAUUGAGCGUUUCGGUCGGCGCCUCCCCUUUGCGGCAAGCAACAUCGUGGCAGGAGUAGCGUGUCUUGUCACUGCAUUCCUACCAGAAGGAAUACCCUGGUUGAGGACCACUGUUGCUACCCUGGGAAGAUUAGGCAUAACCAUGGCCUUUGAAAUUGUUUAUUUGGUAAAUUCAGAAUUGUACCCGACAACAUUACGGAACUUCGGAGUUUCACUCUGUUCAGGUUUAUGUGAUUUUGGGGGGAUCAUAGCCCCGUUUCUGCUCUUCCGCUUAGCGGCCAUUUGGCUAGAACUACCUCUUAUCAUCUUUGUCCACAUUCCUGUAAAUGUGGCAGAAAAAAGAAAACUCAAGUUUCGAGCUCUCACCUUUGAGGCCCCUGCCAAAGAUGCAAGGAAAGAGCUAUUCAGGCCGGUCCCCCCAAGGAACCGACGUGCCUUGCGGAGACGUGUGUGUGUCCACUUCAGCUGUGCAGCUCCAAGUGUUUUUAAUACUUUACAAAGACAUUCAGACUAUCCAGAGUAUUUUUAUACAAUGUCGGAUGAAUCAAGACUCAUCGUGCUGUCAAAGUUUCUGGGAACAUGUAAUACGUGACAGGUUUAGCCAAGAGCCUGUUGUGUGCACAGCUCCUCCUGAGGUUUCUUCUCGCGCUGGGGCAGUGUCUCUGACCCACUGGGUUACAGAGACAAGAGAAGCCCCACCCAGUUCUCAUGACGGUUCCGUCAAGAAUGCAAGAUGUGCAAACCAAGGGUCUGGGGAAAGUGUACAGAAAUGGGUUCAUCAAAUCUGAUCAAGACAUUGAGGCUCUGAACUGAGGGUUCUGAAGAUUCCAGGGAAGAUGAAGAUUUGGGAAUCUUGUCGAUGCAGAGACUGAAUCUAAGGACCUCGGGCCACCUGGCUGUGAGCCUUUGCUUUCUCUUCUCACCUUGAGCCCCUUAAGCUCCCGGGGCAUCUAGGGUUGCAGGCACUUUUAGGCCUUGUUCCAGAAAUAAGAACAAAUCUGCUGUACAGUUCAAGGAUUUGGCUCUAUUAUUUAUAGAAUCAGAUUUGGUCCUGAGAUGAUUCAGGAUAACUGUGGUCCUCCUUUAGUGGACACCUAGAGCCACAUUUUCAGUUUUUUACUGAUGAAACCCAUGGACUAUAUGAUUUCAUGGGUCUUAAGAUUUUAAUCAUACAGGGAUAUUUAUCGUAUAUGUGUGAGUUCAGCUCUACGAUGAUGCUUUGGUCAAGAGUGAAAAAUACGGACAAAUCUCAU